AUGAAAUUGCAGCUGGAUCAAGCAGCAGAAUUUAAAAUUAAAAUUAUGGAAUCUCAAUCAGCAUUAAAAAAAGUUAAAAUGGAGAAACAAGAUGCAUUAGAAGAAAAAGACGAGUAUAAUGAAAUGGCGAAGACUUUAGAAAUGGCUGAAGUGAAAGCAGAAACACUUCAAUUAGAAUUAAACCAAGCAAAAGAGCGUAUUGAGGAAUUAACAGUAGAUUUAGAACUCUUAAAGGCUGAGUUUGAGAAAGGAAAUGUAAGUGAAGAGGGAGGAGAUGGUGCCUAUCUUACUAUUCUUUCAAAGUCAAGCAACUUGAACAACAAAAUGUACGUCUUAGAGAUACACUAUUCAAAUUACGAGACUUAUCCGCCCACGAGGAAUACCAAACACAAAACUUACAAAGAGAAAUCGAAGAAAUGA